AUGGCUGGUGUUGUGCAGAGAACCUUAGACAUUCCGGAAAUGCAGAUGAUGGUGGAGUUCCCGGGAGAUCCGGGGGGUCUGGAUUAUCAUCAUCGGAUUUUCUGGUAUCGUGUAGACAGAGCCACAUGGAUAGUGUCAACGCCAGAUUAUGAUGUUUAUGAGGACUAUGAUCAGAUGACGGUGAUUCCCCUACCACGCAAUGGCAAUUAUCCUGCUGGAUAUGCCGGACAGAUGUAUAUCCCUGACAAUGGCGCACUCAUGCAGGAGUAUGCUGAGAUGAAGAGACAGGCUGAGGCAUUGGCCGUUGUUCGGGGUUGCACUGACAGACCUGGUGCCCCAGUGGGUGAAGUUGCAGUGGCGGGCCAAUGGAGGGUCGCUGAUGUUGAUUCGAAGAUGUUUGGUGACAUCAUUCCCAAUUCAGACUUGAGUGAUGCUGCCAACAAUGUCAUCCUCUCUCAUGCUGGUGUGUCCAAGAGGCUUCAUGUCAAGGAUGGGAAUAUCUUCACUCUGGAGCUUGUGACUGAUUUUGAUCGGUGGAAGGAGUUGAAGCGACCCGGUUUGCCUGGUGGUGAUGCAGGAGAUUUACGACUUUUGAGCUGCACAAGGCUUGCUUCUGGGAAGAGACAGUUGGGGUUGUCGAAAGCCCUAGAACUCAUGACAGAUACGAAAUUUGAGGAUUGGCCACACCGAGGGCCAAAGUCGUGUCGAGAGUUCCUGGAAUCAGUCAGUGAGCAUGGCGGAGAUCUGACAACAUACCAUGCGUCUUUUCUGAGGAAGUCAGGUUUGUCAGACAACAGUGCAGCAGCCCACGAGUACAAAAACCUCCUCUCCGUCCUCCGCUAUGCCUUGUCCUAUGAUCAGCUCGAUGUGAGCAAUCUAGCAAGCAUUGAACAGGUGACUCGAAGGAUCCUUGAGAUUCAAGUUGCUGUGCGUCGGAAUCCUCGUCAUCCAACCUUUGACGCGUUUGACUAUGCAGCCAGGGGAUCCAUUGACGAGGUAGGCGGUGCCAGGGCCACGACUUACAAUGAGUGGAUGGCCGAACAGCAGAAGAUUGAGGCGAAGACUUUGAAGUCAACCAGGGAAUGGCGUGAGGAACAGAAUGCAGAGCGACGCAGGGCAAAUCGCACUCAUGAGGCAGAUGACGAAGACGACGAUGAGGCAGAUCCCAGCAAGAAGAAGAAGACCAAGAAGAAGAAGAAGGGCGGCGCCCCCUCAGGCGCAGCGAAUUCACCUCACCAUGGCCGAGUACAGAACGAGUUGUUUCCUCUGCCGGUGCCGAGAUGGCGUCAUCAGGGGAGUCGAUCGGCCAUGGCCUUGUCUGGAGUGAUUGAUGGUGGGGAGGCCUUUGGACGUCGCAUGACUGGGAGGCCGACCUCACUGCAGUCCUCAAUCCUGCGAAGACUGGCUGAGAAACUGCAGAUCUAUGGCACCUGUCCCGCCGAGAUGACACCGAAGUCGGCGCUGGAGGAUGUGCUGAAGAGCAAGGAUCUUUAUUCACUUGAAUCCAGUGCUGUUGCACCUUAUGACCUGAACCUGCUGAAGGUUGCCAAGACUGACACCAUCCCGAAGCCUGCCAUCCAACUUCUGCCAGAACGUGAAGCUGACAUGCUGAGCAACCCUGAUCUUCACAUCGUGCGCUCUGAGUCCGAGAUCAAGCGCUGGAUGCAGGACAAUGCUGAUUUCCAGCCGUACUGGGACAAGACACUUCGAGAGGACAGGGCGGCGCGGCUUGGGCUUUAUCGGAAGUUGGCUGACAAAGGGUUGUUGGGGUUCAGGGCACGUAUUCAAUGCAAAGUUGGUUUAUUCUUUGUGUGGAGGGCUUCGAAAAAGGGAAUCCGGUUGAUUGUUGACUGUCGCAUGCCAAACGGGUGCCAUUGCAAACCCGAUAAGACUCGGCUUGGUGGAGCGGCCGCAUUGGCCGAACUCGACACUCUGGUGGAUGAUGGUGACCUCCCCCUCAUAGCUGAAGGCUAUGGUGGGCCAGUAGAGCUUCCUGCAAAACUUUUUGGCAAUACAGGUGAUGUCAGUGAUGCCUUUUACCAAUUUUCUGUUGAGCCUUUGUGUGAAUGGUUUGGACUGGAUGAUCUGGUGCGGGCUGACGAAUUUGGGCUUGAUACAGUUUGGGAUUCAUCAAUUGGUCAAUACGUUCAACUUCGACCACAUGAUAAAGUGUUCCCGGUUUUUCUGGGGAUGCCUCAGGGUUGGGCAUGGGCCUUGCAUUUCUGUAACACAGCUGUUGAGUAUGGCAUGUCGAAGAGCAUCCCCGCUAUGCAGCAUCUGAAAGAGGGGUUGCCUGCACCUGACAUCAGACGAGGGCCGGUAUCAUCGGUUUAUGUGGACAACAUAUGGCUCAUUUUCCAAGUUGAUGUUGAUCUGGGCGCUGGUUACUGUGAUGAUAUGUACUGCGGUGAUUCGAGUACCUAUGGGUACUGCUUUCAGAGAACCGCUGCUACAGUGAAGGAGCAGCGACAGCUAGCAAAGUUUCAUGAGCGGUGGCGAUUCUUUGAAGUGGAAGCCUUUGCACCUGUCGAUGAGAGGCGGCAUCAGUCAUGGUCAGCUGAGCUGGAGACCCCUGACUUGCAGUAUGUCCAUUGGUUGCAUGAACGGCUGGGGCUCCCUCGGCCAGGCUCUGGAGAACUUGACAGGGGAACGCGAACUCUGAGGUGUGGUGAUCAACCUCGGAAGCAGCGCAGUUUCUCUGUGACAGGCCUAGUGCCCCCAGUGCCUGAUGAGAUUGUGGAGCCCGAGCAUUGGCAGACUUUGGUUCAGCGCAAGUGGAACUUUGACGAGCCAAUCCACAUGAAGGAAGCCAGAGUUGCAUUGAUGACACUCAGACGAGAAAGCAAGAAGAAGGAAUCACAUGGUAAAAGGCUAGUGACUCUCUGUGACAAUAUGGCAGCAGUGUGUGCGUUUGACAAAGGGCGGGCGAAAGUUUUUUCGUUGCUCACCCAAUGCAGGCGGUCGGCUGCAAUUCAAUUUGCCACUGGGAUCAGGUGGGUCUUGCGCUAUGUUGAGACCUCUCGCAAUCCAUCUGACUAUGGGUCCAGACACUUUGACCCAAAGGCCAUCGGAGGGAACAAGCAAAGGGGCAACAGAGCCAGUGCGCCUUGCAUCCAACCAGAAGCUAUGUCGGAGGGCUUCGUGCCAUCAGUUGGCAGUCAAUGCCAGUCUGCUCAGUCCCGACUUUGUGCACGGACGCAGUUUGUUCGUUCGGCAAAAACAAGCAGCAGUGUUGUUUGCGAAGCGCCAGCAGUUUUGGAGCUCUUCAGUGGUAGCAGUAGACUCACACGAGCUAUGAAAUCCAAGGGGUUACGAGAAAUCUACAAGGGUGGCAACCAACUUUGGAGCGCUACAGCAGCUGGGCCGGAAGUGUCGUUGUGGUAA